AUGUCAUCAUGGAAAAAGUCCAGCAAAGUUGGUCAAGUUCAACAUCGAGAACGAUCUCAACUUGCAUCACGUCAACAUUUAGGUUUACUUGAAAAGAAGAAGGAUUAUAAAGAACGCGCAAUUGAUUAUCAAACAAAAGGAAAUGUUAUACGCGAACUUAAGAAAAAAGCGUUGGAUAAAAAUCCAGAAGAAUAUUAUUUCAAUAUGGUCAAUACGAAAUUAAAAGGUGGUGUUCAUAGUUUAAAGAAGAAAUAUAAAGAAUAUAGUGAUGAUCAAUUGAAAUUAAUGCAAACACAAGAUUUAAAAUAUAUAAAAUAUAAACAUCAAAUGGAAAGAAAAAAAAUCGAUAAAUUACAAUCAUCAUCACAUUUAAUCGAUACAGAAUUUCGUCCAUCAACUUCACAUAUUUUUUUUGUUGAUUCACAAAAACAAGUUGAAAAAUUUGAUCCAGUCAAACAAAUGCGAACACAUCCGUCAUUAAUUAAUCGUCGAUCAAAUCGUUUAACAAUUGAACAGUUAAAAUCAAUGAAAUUAAAUUGUGAUGACGAACAAAUCAAUAAAUUUCAAAAACAACGAAAGAAAAAAUAUACUGAAUUACAAAAACGAAUUGAUCGUGAAAAGAAAUUACAACAAGUUGAAUUAGCUAUGGAAGAUAAGCUGUUACUUAAAAAUCCGAAACAAAAUGAUAAAAAAGAUGAUGAUUUUUGGUCGGAUGAUGAAAAUGAAAAAGCUAAUGAGAAGAAAAAAACAAAAGUUGUUCCAAGAAAGAAAUAA